GGGUGCAUGGUUAGGUGGAAAAAUCACCGAAUAGCUUUCGGCGAAAACGAUUCUGCGUUUUGUGAAACGUUUUUACUAUUGGCUUAUUUACGUACAGACUUUUCAACAUUUGAAACUUUCAGGAAUGGUGCCUAGCUGUAUCUUUAACUUGGACUGACUUGGCGGUGACUUAGUGUGGUUCGAAUACCAGCUGAAUGAUCAAAGAAAUCGCCACGGGAGACUGGAAAAUCCACCCUCUCAACAAACAGGAAGACGGGUAACACCAGACACUUUAUGUGAGAUACAUUUUAACUUUUUCCCUUUCUUCUGAAUUGCGUGCGAUACCUGAUUGCAUAUAUAGGUGAUGAAUUGGGUCAACGGCACCAAGUUUCGCUGUAUAUUGCAGACGUGGAGCGAUUGGAUCACGUUAAAAGAUUGCUUUAUUUUCUACGCGAAUUCAACGUAGACAUCGCAAAAAGGUAUUUCCGCAUGAAUGACUAGGCUCAGCGGCGUGACCGGACUUUAUAAAACCUUUAAACAACCUACCUUUCAUUUGUGAUCUUGCACUGUUUUCAAGUAACUUUUUGGAUCACUGACAAAUAUUUUGCGUAACAGUGAAAAAGAUGCGUGCGGGCCCGUUGUUAUUAAUCAGAGUUGCACAAAGUCGGAAGAGAGUUCAUCAGUUGAGUCUGAGUUUAUUACUUUUGUCUGAGAUUUUUAUGUUGGCAUCAUCCCAGUCGUGUCCAGACAAAUGUGUGUGUUUCACGUCUACUGUAAAAUGCGUAAACCAGAAUUUAACGGCAAUCCCUGGAUCGCUACCAUCAAACGUUAAGAACCUUUUCCUAUCCGGGAAUAAAAUCUCCCGUCUGACUGCAGACUCUUUCCCCGUGGGUCUGGAUCAGCUAACUGACCUGUAUCUGACAGGCAAUAAGAUGGAGCAGGUUGAUUCGGAUGCGUUCGCCAACCUGCCCAAGCUCAGGCUGCUGGACCUCAGCAACAACAGGUUACACAAGUUCAGCCCUGAAGCGUUCCCCGCCAACAACAACAUACAGGACCUCAGCCUGAGCAACUCCCUCUACAACCACUCAUACAUCGGAGAGAUCUCAAGUCUGCUCCAGACCAGGACUCCACAGCUGACCACGCUGAAUUUGUCCAACAACGACCUGUUCUAUCUCCCUGAGAACAUGUUUUCCAGCUUGCAGCACCUCGUGACGCUGGACCUGAGGAACAACUCCAUCAUGUCCCUCAGUAACCUGACCCCGAGGAGCUUGCACGCGCGGAGGCUGGACCUGCGCGACAACUCGCUGACCAGGCUGGCGAACGGCACGCUGGCGGAGCUCGGCCAGUGGCCUGGCCUGCAGCUGCUGCUGGCGGGGAACCCCUGGACCUGCGACUGCGAGCUGGAGGACAUGGUGCUGUGGCUGCGGAGGGGGGCGGAGCAGGUGGUGGACAGGCAGAACCUCACCUGCGCCGACCCGGCCCGGCUGAGGAGCGCGAACUUGCUGCAGGUGAACGUGUCUGAGCUCCAGUGCACCGGCUCGCAGGACAUGAAGAGCGUGCUGGAGACGUCCUACGUCUUUUUGGGCAUGGUGCUGGCGCUCAUCGGGGUGAUCUUCCUGCUCGUCCUCUACCUCAACAGGAGGGGGAUCAAGAGGUGGCUGUACAACAUCCGGGACGCAUGCAGAGACCACAUGGAGGGCUACCAUUACAGAUACGAGGUCAACUCUGACCCCAGGCUAGCCAACCUGAGCCUCAACUCGGACGUCUGAGGGAUAUGGGAGAGAGUGGGGUGAAGGGCUUUUGCCUCUUGCGUUAUAGCAUGGUGACUUGCUCUAGCUAUGCAUGAAAUCCUCUAGUUACAAAGAGCCCCCCCUGCCCCUCCCUGUAGACCCCAGCCUCUGCAGCACGCAGGGCUUUAGCCAGCUAAC